AGGAAGCGCUGCGCGCGGGCAGAGAAGAGGACGUACCCGUUCGCCGCUGCGCAAUCAUGCGCACGAAUUCCGGAGAGAGCGCGUGGGUCUUUGACCGUUGGCUAAAGUAAGAAAGUUUAAAGUUUUUUUUUUAAACUCGGUUGAGAAGUGCGGGUAGCGGGUCGGAGGGACCAUGUCGUCCGCCGCCCAGGGGCUCCUGAGCAGCGUCUUCUCCUUCUCGUCGCCCGGCGCCAAAGCCAACGCCAAGCGGCGGCUGCGGCAAACGAGGAGCCUGGACCCGGCCAUCAUCAGGAACUGCGACAACACCGGGGGUCCCGGCAUCGGGGGUCCCGAUGGCUUACGGGUCGUGCCAACCACCGACUACUUUCCGUCGGACUUAGCAACGACGUCAACGUCGACGUCGUUUUCCCGACGCGGCGCGAAAAACAAGACUUUGACCCUGUUGGACGAGCCCAUCUCGCCGUCGCUGUCCACGCCGUCCAUCCCGUCCGAGGUGUCGCCUUCCUCCUCCGCCGCCCACGCCAGCUUUAGCUUCGACUACGGCGGCGGUGAGUCCCCCCACAACCCGGCCCGGGGGGCGGCGGGCAACAAACGGAAUACCGCCGGGGAUUUACCGGGUCUCGCGAGGUCCGCGGGGUCGUCGCUGAGCGGCAGCACGAGCGCGCUCUUCUCCCCGCGCAGGUGGCUUCAGAGGAAGGCGCCGCAGGCCGACGCGCAGGCGCAUGCCGUGUGGAGGUUCGAGGGCGACUACACCUGGAGCAGCCUGUCGGGGCGCUGUGUGCGUCUCACCGCGGUCACCAUCCAGAGCCUGUCGGAGCUGGAGCGGGCGCGGCUCCAGGAGGUGGCUUACGCACGCCUGCACCAGGACUACGACCUGGGCUGCCAGAUCACCAUGCCCAAAGAUGGUCAGAAAAGGAAGAAGUCGCUGAGGAGGAAGCUGGACUCUCUGGCCAAGGAGAAGAAUAAAGACAAAGAAUGCCAGCCGCAGGCGUUCAGCGUGGCCUUGUCCCAGGUGAUCGGCAACGACCGCACGCUCAGGCAGCGCCAGGACAGCUAUCGGCAGGACCCCCCGUCCAGAGACGACCAUAAGGACCCCUCGGACCUGGUGUCCUCCAUCCUGCAGUUCGCCACCAAGAGGCCGUCCAAUAAGGAGCUGUCGAGCAGUAACUCGUCCCUGAGCUCCGCGUCGGAGACGAACAACGAGUCCACGUCGCCCAACACGCCGGAGGCGGCGCCACGCGCACGCCGCAGGGGUGCCAUGUCGGUGGACUCCAUCACGGACCUGGACGACAGCCAGUCCCGCCUGCUGGAGGCGCUGCAGCUGUCCCUGCCGGCCGACGCCCCCAGCAAGAAGGAGAAGCUACGGGACAAGAGGCUCAGCCUGAACCCCAUCUACCGCCAGGUGCCCCGUGUCAUGGACAGCUGCUGCCAGCAUCUGGAGAAAUACGGUCUGCAAACGGUGGGGAUCUUCAGAGUAGGGAGCUCUAAGAAGAGAGUGAGACAGCUGCGGGAGGAGUUUGACCGGGGCGUGGACGUGCCGCUGGACGAGGAGUACAGCGUCCACGACGUGGCCGCGCUCCUCAAGGAGUUCCUCCGUGACCUCCCGGACCCCCUGCUCACCAAGGAGCUGUACACCUCCUUCAUCAACACCAUGAUGUUGGAGCAGGAUGAGAAGCAGUCGGUCACCCAGCUUCUGGUGUACCUCCUCCCAGCAUGCAACAGCGACACGCUCCACCGCCUGCUGGAGUUCCUGUCCACCGUGGCCGACCACGCCCACGACCAGCCGGACAAGGACGGACAGGAGAUGACGGGCAACAAGAUGACGCCUCUCAACCUGGCCACCAUCUUCGGUCCCAACCUGCUGCACAAGCAGAAGAACUCGGACAAGGAGUUCAGCGUGCAGAGCUCGGCCCGGGCCGAGGAGAGCACCGCCGUGAUCAGCGUGCUGCAGCGCAUGAUCUGCAGCUACCAGCAGCUCUUCAUGGUGCCCCCUGACCUGCAGAACGAGGUGCUGAUGAGCCUGCUGGAGACGGACCCCGACGUGGUGGACUACCUGCUGAGGAGGAAGGCCUCGCAGAGCCCGGAGAGCCCCCCCUCAGAGGCCUCCUUCUCCCUGAGCGAGCGCCGCUCCUCCAGCGACUCCACCAAGCCGUCCAGCGGCGAGGUCUCGCCCUACGACAACAACUCCCCCGUCAUGAGCGAGCGCCGGGGGCCCGGGGCCACGCCCCCCCCGCCACCCUGCCUCCCCACGGACCCCUGCCUCCUCAGGCUGGGGGGCCAGCCUCCGCUCACCCCCGGUCCCCUCAGGGGCCCCCCGCGGGCCCCCAUGAUGGGGAACACCAACACCUGGGGCGGAAGAGACACGAUAUCAGAGGAGCACGCCAACAUAUGGGGGGCGUGGCAUACCACCCUGAAACCCAUGGGCAACGACCAAUCAGACAGCGGUUCCCACGGCAACGUGUCGGACGGGAGCUCCCGCAGCUCUCAGGAGGGCCUGGACGGUCUCCACGGCGACGGCCGCCCGCCCGUGAGACGCACUCAGACCUCACAGGGCGUAGCCGAGGUCCGGCCCCACCCCCCGGUGAGCCGCACCGUCUCAACGCCGCUCGGCGACCGGCGACGCCCCCAGCUCAGCCUCGACCUAUCCGGGACCUCUCGCCCCCUCGGCGGCGGCGGCGGCCAAUCGGGGAGGGGCGUGGCGGCGGCGGCGGCGGGGGCGGGAUCGAACGAGGCGGACCGGUUGGCGUUCGGGCGAGCGGGGAGUGGGCGUGGCGGCGGCGGCGGCGGCGGGAGGGUCGUCGGCGGCAAUGCCGCACACACCUCCCCCCCGCCUCGGACCCUGGCGGAGACGACGAACGUUGUGGGUGCGGUUGCUACGGCGAACAACAACAACAACCUCAGAGCCCCGCCCCCGUACGGCGGCCUGCGGAGAACGGCCCCGCCCCCUGCGGAGAUGGGGGCGGAGCCGGGGGCGGGGUCCGGGAGGUCGGAGUGGCAGGACUGGCAGAGGGACCGCUGGCAGAUCUGGCAGCUGUUGUCGUCGGACAACGCCGACACACUGCCCGAGACGCUGGUGUGACCCACGCACACACGCACACACACACACACACACAGGCACACACACAGGCACACACACACACAUACAGGCGCACACACACAUACACGCACC